AUGUCCAACCAGGCGUGGCAGAUCACAGCACCAGGCACUCUUUCCCUCGUCACCCUCCCGUCCAUCCCCUCACCAGGCCUGAAUCAAGCCUUGAUCCGCAUUCAAGCGGUAUCACUCAACUACCGCGACGUCCUCGUCGUCGACCACAAUCCGUCUUAUCCAGUCCCAGCGAAAGCGAACCUCACGCCAUGCAGUGACGGUGCGGGUGUGAUUGAGAAAGCAGGUCCUGGCUCCAAAUGGAAGAAGGGCGAUCGUGUUUUCGUCCAUCCAAACACCUGGAAAUCGGGCAAAGAGCCGAGAGAUUUCGACAUCCGUCUUACCAUGGGCGGUGGUGGAACCGACGGUACUUUGCGACGCUAUGUCGUAUGGGAUGAUGACCGAAUUGUCAAGGCGCCUGACAAUCUAUCAAUCGAGGAGGUUGCUACACUCUAUACAGCCGGAGCGACAGCGUGGAAUGCACUCUUCCACGGCAGGCUGAAGCUGGAGCCGGGAAUGUCAGUUCUCACCCAAGGCACCGGCGGCGUGAGCUGCUUCGCUAUCCAGCUCGCAUCGGCCCUUGGAGCGACUGUAGUCGCAACAUCGUCGUCCGAUGAGAAGCUUGAAGUUGCGAAGAAGCUGGGAGCAGCCCAUCUAAUUAAUUACAGUGCUCAUCCAGAUUGGGCAGCAGAGGUCCUCAAAGCAACAGAUGACAACGGCGUCGACAUUACGGUAGAAGUGGUUGGUGCACAAAGUAUCCGACAAAGCAUCCAAGCAACUCGCCAAGCUGGUCUUAUAUCAUUGGUCGGCAUGUUGUCCAAGGAUCCUCACCAACCAGUGGACAUUAUGCAUCCGCUGCUGUUCAAGGCGCAGACCAUCCAAGCGUUCCUCGGCGCUGGUAGCAAGCAAAUGUCGGAUGAACUGUCGGCUUUUGUAGAAAAGCACAACAUUCAUCCGCCGAUAGCCAAGGUGUACGAGUUUGAAGAUGCAGACAAGGCGAUCAAGGCGGCAGCCAGUCUCACAGUUUUGGGGAAGCUGGUGGUGAAAGUAUAA